UCAUGGGGCCCCCGGGCAAUAGGGGAUCAUGGGGCCCCAUGUCCUUGCCCACACUCAAACCACACCCAAAAAAGCCUAUUAAAAAGGUACAAGGGGCAUCUCAUGGGGCCCCCCACCGACCCCGGGCCCUUCGGGCAGUGCCCGAGUUCCCAAAUGGUCAGUCCGCCCCUGGGCCUGAGAUUUGUUCAGAAAGUGUCACAAGGGGGCAAAGUUCCACUGAUCACCAGCACAAGGGGAGCAAAGUUCCACUGAUCACCAGCACAAGGGGGCAAAGUUCCACUGAUCACCAGCACAAGGGGGCAAAGUUCCACUGACCACCAGCACAAGGGGG